CAGCAGCUGAGCUGUUUCUUUGUGUGGAUAAGAGGUAGUCUGCUCUUGGCCUCUUUGCUCUCUUCUCUUGUUGUGGUUUUUGCUGGAACAGACUUAAAACAUGUCAAAUAGUCACUUAUUUUUACCCUCUGGGUUUCCAAGAGCGACUUUAGGCAAUGGAAUAGGACGGUAUAUCUGUCAGUUAAAAAGAAUAACCCUAAAGUUUUGUAAAGAACGAGGUAGCAGCAUGGGUAUGAGGGACUUCUUAGAGCAUGAUCUAGUCGACUACGCAUCCAAACACCCAAGUGUUGUGGUCUAUGUAAAGCCAAGGAGAAACAGAAGCGCAGUAAUUAAAGCUGAGUACUGCAAUGGAGAAGAAUUUUGGAUGUCUACAUAUAAAAUGACCCGAGAGGAGAUACGCAAAUGGUUAGAACUUUGCACAACUCAAAAUGAUGGUGCAGAAUUUCGUUUUCGCAAGAUGAUGCACACAGAUACACCUUCAAUUCAGGGACCAUGGACACCAUUCUCACACCGCAACCCUGAACUCAACACAGCUUCAUUCCCUCAUGAGGAGCUUUCUAAACCAGUUUUUAUACCUCAGUCAGCAACAGACCGUCUGAUUGAAUUAUUCAAAGAGCAGCAACAUACAUUAAAAUCUGUGAAGGAAGGAUAAAAAUUGAGAAUAAAUUUGCAUUUUAUGUGCUCUGCAAUUGUUAUUGUUGUGGGUCUUCUUUAUAAUAUUAGUAUUAUAUGCAAACAUCAAUUAAAUGUCUUUCUGUGUUUGUAAGAUGUAGAUAUCUUGUUCAGCUACUGUAAAUAUAAGGGUCAGAUUGCAUG